GUUGCAACUUUCACCGCUUGUUUUAAGAAAGUUGCGGUUAGGAAUGGUCUCGCAAAACUGCAUAAGUGCUGCCACUUUCGCUACUCAAAAAGCCAAAGUUGAUGAGUUAAUGAAUGUAGAUAUAACAAAAGGAGACUUAUGGUAUAUCCUGUCUCUUAACUGGUGGACGAAGUGGGAGGAAUUUGUGGACUCGGUUUCCAAAAGUGGGAUGGUUGACGAAACCUCGGAAGAGUAUCCAGGAAAAGUUGAUAACAGUGAUAUUUUAUGUGAUGGAAAAUUAAAAGAGAACUUGCUCUUAGAAAAUGACAUCACGUUAAUACCUAGAAAUGUGUGGAAGCUGUUUGUUGAUUUUUAUGGUUGUACGCACACAGACAUUUCAGUCUUCGAACGGCGUGCCAUCCAAGCUCCAAAGUCAGCGGAAAUCGAAAUAUAUCCACCUCACUACUCAUUUUACUUAAAUCCUCCAAAUUCAAGUGCCACUUUCCUGUUUGAAGGGACAUAUUGCAAGUUUCAGACAAUAAGAGAACUUAAACUGAUAGUCGCGCAACAUCUUAAAGCAGCACCUGGCGUGAAUGUUCACUUAUCAAUACACAAUGAGCAAAAUGAGUUUGAAGAAUUAGAAGAUGAAGAUGCUACCAUAGAAGAAGCUAACCUGGAGCGUGAAAAAGUUAUUUUUGUUCAUCUGGAACCUAGAAAUGGAAUACGCAGUGACGUAUGCGUAAAUAGUUCACGUUUGAAGUCGAAUGACUCUAUAGGAUCUCAACCUGAAUCUCAGAUGCUAUCGUUACAUGGGUCCAGUCCGCCUUUAGUACCAGGAGUUUGUGGUCUCAAUAACUUGGGAAAUACCUGUUUUAUGAAUAGUGCUCUUCAGUGUAUGUCCAAUGUUCCUGCAUUAACCAGUUACUUCCUAAGUGGUAAAUGGAAGUCAGAACUAAAUAUACGUAAUCCACUUGGAUCUCAAGGAAGAAUUGCUACUGCUUACGCAGAUCUCAUUAAGCAGCUGUGGUCGGGGACGCGAGCAUAUGCUGUGCCUCGUGAGUUUAAGAUUGAAAUUGCACGUAUUGCUCGUCAAUUUUCUGGAUACGCUCAACAUGACACUCAUGAACUACUUGUAUUCUUAUUGGAUGGACUUCAUGAGGACUUGAAUAGAAUACACUCCAAGCCUUAUAUAGAAGUGAAAGAUUCCGAUGGCAGACCGGAUAUUGAAGUUGCGAAUGAAGCCUGGGAGUAUUACAAGUCAAGAAAUGAUUCCAUCAUUGUAGAUCUUUUCCACGGCCAGCUGAAAUCCACAGUAAUUUGUCCUACUUGUCAAAGGAAAUCAGUCACUUUUGAUCCAUUUGCUUCAUUAAUUUUGCCUAUACAAGAAGUAUACAAAUAUUCGGUACGCGUUUAUGUUUGGCCGUGGGCAUCCAAUAAAUCCCAACUUCUUCUAUUAGAGUUAACACUUUCCACAAUACCUUGUGGUCAAAAUAUUAUUGAAGCAUUAGAACAAGAGCGUCCACCUCUUCCAGGCUGUCAGUAUUAUAUACCAAACAAAUCUGUAGAUCGGUCAAGGUAUGCCUCCCCGAUCGUUUAUGAACUGACUGAAGGUUUCCCGAUUCCUGUACUCUGGACAAAUGAUAACAUUGCCCAGGGUAUCAACUUCCCUGUCUAUAUUAGUUUGCCAAUAAAUGAUGGUGUUACAGGAAUGACCAUUACCGUCUCGGAAGAUAUACUUAUCAAACACAUUAUUGACCGUUUACAUGCUAUUGGUAUAAAUAGUGAACCGAUCAGUGACACAUCAAAGUUAGAGGACGAAAAUACAGAUAACUCAGUUGUUUCUUGUUCGCUAAGCAACUUUCAUAGUAAUUCCCAUCCAGAUAAAUCUCAUACAACCUCAACCGAUCUCUUUGAUCAAUCGAAACGAACUACUGAAGGUAAAAUGGGCAAUUUAGUCUCAUUACUCAAAGGACGUUUAUGUAUGAAGGAUACCAGAGGGCAUGAUUGGUUAGCUGAAUCAGAAAAUGCUUUAAUAUCUCUCCCUUGUUCUGACGUUUAUAGUAUCAUUUUAGACUGUCAAAGUUUAGAAAUACGACGUAGACUCAAUGACAUUCGAAGUCAUGUACAACAACAUCCUGUCACACGACUUAAUGAAACUCUGAAACUUUCAGAUUGUUUCGAACGUUUUACUGACAUAGAACAAUUAGGCUCAAGAGAUCUAUGGUACUGUAGUCGUUGCAAAGCGGAAAAACCAGCUACAAAGAAAUUUGAUUUAUGGAAACUUCCUGACGUUCUUGUAGUACAAUUAAAGCGUUUCCGAUCUCAUUUACGAUUUCAUGAUAAAAUCGAUACUUUACUGGAAUUCCCACUAACUGGCUUAAAUUUGACUUCACGCGUACUUGAAAAGAAACCAGACGAGAAAUUUAUCUAUGACUUAGUAGCUGUAAGCAAUCAUAUGGGAUAUUUGGGUGGAGGUCACUAUACAGCAUUUGCUUUAAACGCUCACACUAAUCGAUGGUACUUUUUCGACGAUUCUUCAACACGAGAAUGUGAUCCUUCCAAAAUUGUAACUAGUGCAGCAUAUGUGUUAGUUUACGUACGCCGAAAAGUUGGCUCUACGCAAAUAUGCAGCACGACCAACAGUAAUGAUGAAGAACAAGAAGAUUCUUCGUCCGAAACAGAUGAAAAUGGUCUUUCAAAUGGUGCUUUAUCUUCACAUUAUAUAACUAAAGGUUGUAUGCAAAAUAGUCGCCCUGACAACGCAAACUCAUCUUCCAAUCUUCAGGAUCAAGAUCUGAUGGAUAUUGAAUAAACGUCUUUGUCUUUUCUUUUUGUAGUUUCACUUCCUUUCAACUUAACCACAUCGCUUCGACUUAUGCAGUCACUCAUGUUUUUAUGAGUUUAUGCAUGAUUACAAUGUAUGUUAACUUGUUCAUUCUCGGUGAAUCAAGUGAAGUAAUGACAUUUAGACGUUUUUUCUGGACAAUAUCCCAGUCCCUCAUCUUAUUCUUGUUCUUCAGUUAACAUAUAAUUCUUUAUCUCUCCAGUUACUCACUUCAGUUUUAAUUUUGGUCACAAAAAGAGUUGUUUACUAUGCAGUUUGUUUUUUGUCCCAAUGAAUGUAUAUUCACAUCGCAGUAAAAUAAAUUCAAAUCCUAAUAUUCAUUUUUCACUGCAACUUUGGUUGAAUAUCUCAUAUUUUCAGUUGGUUGUUCACACCAUCAUGUGCUGUUUAGGGUGCAUGCAUUACUAAUUCCUUACAUCUCUGGAAAAUUAAAUAAGCCACACAGUCUUCCAUAACCCUGAAGCACAUAAACAUCUUCAGAAUAACAACUUGGGAGAUUCCAUAUCUUCCAGAGUUUUCCAUCAAAUGUGGUCGGGUUGGUGUUCUUCGUGUUUUGUUUGAGAAUCUUGCUUUUUCCGUUGUGUGUACUGAGGCUUACUGAUGCACAGGCUGCUACACUAGUUGUUUUCAUCUGCAUUUGUUCGUGUAUUUGGGAUAGGAGGGCCAGAUCAUCUGAGAUCUCCAAUCGACUCUGAGCUGUCCAUUGUGGUCUUCACAAUCCAUUCGACCACCAGAAGAAAGGAAGGGGGAGAGUGGGCAGUCUUGUCUGACUCCGGUUCUUAUUGGGACUAUAUCCGCCAGCUGCACUCAUGCACAACUUUGCUCUGUAGUUGGUCGUAUAACUUCCGGAUAAUGUCGACAAUCUUAGGAAUUCCAUAUUGUUCCCCUGUCCGCACUCAACCGACUUCUCAUUGUCAAUGAAGUUGAUGUAUAGUGACAAGUUCCACUCAACUGAUUGUUCGACGAUGAUCCGUUGUGUCGCAAUUUCAUCUGUGAACGACAAGCUUGUAUUCUGGCGCGAUCUCGGUAUCCUUUCGAUGCCACGAGAUCGCCAGCAAAUAAAUAUCUCGACUUGGUCCAUUAAUUGCCUUCUGGUAUUCGGCUUCUCGGGGAUUUUGUGGAGUCAUUUGGAACGAGCUUCUUACGCCUUCUGAUUCGCUUGGCACGUGUUUCUUGGUAGCGGUGUUCACAGUUAACUCGACGCCACGCUACAAUUGGUGACCCGUAUUUUGGAACACGCCUCAACUUCUGAUCAAAUCUUCCAAAGAAGCCAAUUCGGUGAGUCUAUGAUUUAUCUAUCCACGUCUGUCGUAUAUUUUCAUAUUUUUUAAUAUAUAAUAUACGCGACAUGAUGGAUAACGAUAAGAAUAGUAUUAAUAUAAUAGACUCACACGUAUGUGUACCGAACCCUUGUCACUUUUUAUUCGCGUGAUGAUGAAUUCCACGCUUUAUUCGAGAAAUGUUACCCUAUUAACUAUUCUCCUCGCUGACCCGGCUGCUUGGUACGGAAUGCAUACGCAUAAGCAUAUCCGUCUACCACCCAGCACCAAAUGGUUAAGUUGAACGGUUUCACUGCCAACUUAAAAGUGUUCUACGAGCACACGAAAACGGCAACUGGCACGAAACCUUACCGCUCGUUCUUUUAGGGGUGAGAACGAGCUUAAAGGCAUAUAUCCAAUGUUCCGCCACUGAACUUGUAUACGGCACGACAUUGCGUCUGCCCGGAGAAUUCUUCACACCACGGAGCAGACCUAAUUUCGGUAAAUCAGACUACGUCCAUCGACUGUCUGCAUUUAUGCGAACGCUGUCUCCGGUGUCAACUCGAAUACAACAUCGACAGGUCGCUCUCUCUCGAGAGUUAUCUACCUGUUCACAUGUUUUUGUACGAGUAGAUUCGGUACGCAAACCUUGGCAACAACCUUACGAAGGCCCUUUUCACGUGAUCGCUCGUCACGAAAAGACCUUCAAGGUUGAUCGAUAUGGACGCGUCGAGAUCGUCAGCAUUGAUCGUCUCAAACCAGCACACGUCGAUGACAGUGCCCUAUCUGACACCCUGAGACUCAAUGCUAGACCUAUCAAACCUAGCGGGAUCCUCAAACCAUCUUCAGGUCCCACGCUAGAUGCAUCUGAGACCUCAUUCUCACGUCCCGGUCAACAGCACGCGUCAUCUGCACCUUCUACGGAUGAGACGACAGUCUCACGUCCAGAUCAGCAGACCACGCCGCCCUUGACUUCGGAUGAGAUUGCAGGCUCACGCGACGCGAACGAGACUGCCGUCUCACGUUCCGGUCGCCGAGUACGGUUGCUCGUACGCUUCCGUGAAUAGUCGCACAGUCAACAACCGAUACGGUGUAGGAUUACUCCUAUGUUACACGCAUGCUACACUCUUCUCUUUUUUGAUUUUCUUUUUGUUUCCUGAGCCCACGCCUUCGACCAUCUCCGUCUGGUACCGUCGACUUCAGUCAACUUUGGCGAAAGCUGGCCUGAUCACCCAUGCUCUUGUCAACGUACUCAGUCGAUAUAUUGGUUUCGAAUGCUUGGCAUACGCUUGGUCUCGAAGUUGGUCGUUACGGUCGCUUCUGGUCUUUUGGCUCAACGUGGUUUCGUCCUACGUCUGCAGCGUUUCUGGUGCGCAUCUCUACGAACGCCCUCUUCAGAUUCUGGAUACAAACCACUCUGGUGUAGCAUGCUAAUUCAAGCAACAAAUACAGCACAUCGCUCUUGGUACCGUUCUCCGAAAACGACCUUCGUUGGCAACUCGACGAUCAGCGAUCGCUUUCCUGUUCGCCAAUUCUUCCGUCCUACAAUCGCUCGUCAGCCGAUCAGUUCUACGAUUCAAACCGCUAUUUAUCGAAAGUGUAAACCCUUUCUAGCGGGAGGCUCCUGUAGUGACUCACGUUUAUCACGAGAACACGACUGGUUUAAUAAAAACAAUUAUUAUUAUAACCAACUGUACCAGUGUUUGUUUUAAUGUGCUUUUGUUUGACUGUGCUAAUGACAGCUAUUUUGUGCUUCCAUUCUUAUACUCACACUUCGAUUGCAACUUCGCGCGAAUUCGG